UCCUCUCCAGAACAGAGAAAAAAAUCAUAUAUGGUCAAAGCACCCAUAACCCAUUCUUGAAAACCCAAAAUUUGUAUCCUCAGAGAUCAUCAUCAAUUCUCACCGUCUUCAAACUUUAGACAAGUGGAGUAUUGUCAAUGCUAAUUAACCAACAACAAUGGCCGAUGCCUCCCCUCAAGGUGGAUCCAAUCCCAAACCCCGCCCACGCCGCCGCCUUAUUCCUCGUCCUCAGGUUUUCAUCAGUUUCCGUGGAGAGGACGCUCGCAACUUCUUUCUAAGAAUGCUCGUGAUGAUCUUAGGAUCUCGAAAGAUUAACUGGUUCACAGAUACCCGCUUACCAGUAGGGGAGAAUUUAGAAGAACUCUUCACGGAGAUCAAAAAGUCAAAAAUCGCUAUUGUGAUCUUCUCUAAGAGGUACUCAGACUCUAAAUGGUGCAUGGAAGAGCUUUCCAUUAUAGACGAGCUAGCGAGAGACGGUAAACUUAAGGUUGUCCCAGUCUACUAUAAGGUGAGCCACAGCGACGUGAAACACUUCCAGGGAGAGUUCGGCAAAAGUUUCGAACGAUUGAAAGAUAAAUAUGAAAUCAAUGAACCAGAGAAUAUCUUGAAAUGGAAAGCCUCUGUGGAGUCAAUCGCAAAGAGAAAAGGCUUGCUCUCUUACAUUGGCGGCAAAGUUCCAGCGCCUCUUCAUUCCCAGAUCGUUAAUGCUGUUAUUGCUUACUUAAACAAAAUGCCAGGAGGAAAGGUCAAGCCCCUGGAAAAUAAACUAACGAUGACAGACGUGUUCAUUUUGGCCUUUGUUGUAGCUUUUCUUUGUCGCUACAUCAUAUCCCCUCUGUUUUUCGACAAUGCGGAUUUUUUCAAUAAUAAGAAGUGGCUGUUUGGUUUCCCGACAGCUGUUGCUUUCUGGUUCCAAAACAACAACAAGAAUGAUCAGAACAACCCAUCUCAUGGCACAACUACACCAACCCCUUCCAACACCGAACCACCACCACCUCCUGGCACCAGACCAAGCCCUUCUAACUUUAAACCACCACCACCUCCUUUCACUAGACCAACCCCACCACCUCCUUUCACUAGACCAAGCCCACCACCUCCUUUCACUAGACCAACCCCACCACCACCUCCUUCUUUUACCAGACCAACCCCUUCCAGCUUCAAACGAAGACCACCACCUCCUCGCACCGAAACACCAUCUCCUUAAUCGGUUGAAAUACUUAUUGGAGACAUUAUCUAAGUAGGAAUUUGUAUGUUUGUUGUUGGUUUGUAUGUUGUUUGAUAUACACAUGUGUGUGUGUUUAUUACCUUCAGAAUAAGUGUGUUGCUUUUACUUGAUUCUCUUUGUCCAAAGACACCUUGGUAGCCUUGUAUGUCUUUUAUGAAGUAUGAACACAUUUCUUUUUCCUGGAUC